CGCCAUUGUAUUAUAGCAAAUGCCCAAAUGUAUGUCCCGAUUGACUGAAGUGUAGAGUAAAAAUAUCACGAUAUGACUGAUUAUAAUAUUAUGGAGGUAUGACAGAUUGAGGUACAUGUAAGUAAAGCRAACAUGGACAAAGCUGGAGAUGGUGUGAGUAAAAAAACAAAGAGAACAUUGGAAGAAAUACUCAAAAACAGAAAGAAAGCAAAGAAGCCAAAAAUGGUUGUAGCUGUUUCUAAUGAAGACGACAUWAAUGAUUUUUUCACCUGGGAAGAAUAUCUUGAGAAAUGCAGAGCUAGAGCUGUUCCUAAAUCUGCCUUCAAACAUGUACCAGCCAGUGAUUCCAAAGCAUCAGGGUUUAAGCAAGGCAUGAAAGUAGAAGCAAAAGAYAGCUCAAGCACCAGUAAUUCUUACUGGGUAGCAACGGUUGUCAUGGUAUCAGGUCCAUUAUUGUUGCUAAGAUUUGAUGGAUAUGAUAACGAUCGCAGUGGAGACUUCUGGUUAAAUUCUUCAUCUCAGUUACUACAGCCUAUUGGCUGGUGUGCAAAAACAGACAAUUUACUAAUACCACCUGAAGCCAUAAGACAUAAGGAACAAAACUGGGCAAAAUAUCUCAUUAAUAACCUUAAAAAUGCAAUCCCUGCCCCAGACCAUCUCUUCCAUAAAUCUGUUGAAGACGAUAACAAGAACCUUAAAAUUGGUGCCAAGCUAGAAGUACAAGAUAGUGAAAAUCCUCUGUGUUACUGGGUUGCUUCAGUUGUGGAAAUUUUUGGACUGAGAUUACGGCUUAGGUUUGAAGGGUAUGAAUCUGAGGAUGGUGACAUAUGGGAAAAUUUGUUGUCUGACCGCCUACACAACUUGGGUUGGAGUAAGCAGAUGAAAAUGAUGUUGAAACCACCCGAAGUCAUGGAAAAAUAUUCACGAUGGGCUGUAUUCCGGAGAGUUACUGAAAUGUGUUUCACUCAUAGUGAUUCAGAACACAUGAAAGACAAACAGGAAGCUAGUCUCCCAGUGAACAAAGGGUUUAAACCAGGGAUGAAGGUUGAGGCUGUUAACCCAGAGAAUCCUUUAUUGAUUUGUGCAGCUACUGUCAGAAACAUUUUAAACAAGCACUUUUUCACUGUUGAGAUUGAUUCAGCUGUGGGAUCAGCAGAGAUGCCACCUUUACAGUUUCUUUGUCAUUCAAGAUCUAAAUACAUUUUUCCUGUUGGAUGGUGUGGAAAAAACAAUGUGAAAUUGACUCCACCUAAAGGUUAUACCAGCAAUUCCUUUCAAUGGAAAUCAUAUCUGGAUACAACGAAUGCUGAAGCAGUCCCAGAAGCAUUGUUUCAAAAGGAUCUAGUGAAACAAAAGCCCAUCAGUCUCAGUGAUUUAAACCAAAUUAAACUUGGAUCAUUCAUGGAAGUACUGGACGAAGAUGAUCCCACAAGCUUCUGGGUGGGAAAAGUAGUUAGGAGUGUUGGCUUCAAACUGUAUGUUAAUUUACAAGGAGACUCCAACUUGGACCACGCUAUUGAGGUGUAUUACCUGUCAGAAUCAGUACAUCAUCUGGGAUGGGGUCUCCAAGCAGGACUUAAUCUCAAGCUUCCAAAAGAUUUAAAGUUUGAAUGGCUUGAUGAAAAACAGCUGCUGAAUGAGUUGUAUAAAUUGACAAUUAAGGCAGAUCCAAAUUCUCAACUGAAGCUGAAAAAGGAAGACAGUUUACCAGACGUCCAUGGAUUCAAGGAAGGCAUGCAGCUAGAAGCAGUCAACCCUCAAGAUCCAUCAUCUAUUUGUGUGGCUUCUGUGAAGAGAAUCUUCAAUAAAUACUACUUUACAGUGCAGAUUGACAGUUUAAUCAAUACUGGCAAGGACAAAAAUAUUAUGUUCUGGUGCCAUGCACAGUCCAGGAAUAUCUUUCCUGUUGGCUGGUGUGAUAAGAAUAAACUACAACUAACUCCACCACCAGGGUAUUCCAAUAAGGAGUUCAGAUGGGAUACAUACAUGGAGUCAAUGCAAACCAAAGCAGCACCAGAAUUAUUGUUUUGUCAGGAUGUACCAUCAACUGAAUUUGAAAAUGCUCUUAAACUAGAAGCCGUAGACCAGACCAAACCAGAGACCAUCAGUGUUGCAACUGUGUCUCAAGUUGUUGGCCGUACAAUAUGGGUUCGUCUGGAUGGUUAUCCCAGUAAUGCUGUUGAACACAUUUAUGAUGUGGAGUCCUACAACUUGUUGCCUGUUGGAUGGUGUGGUACUUAUGGACAUCCGUUACUGACACCACACCAAAAAAGAAAAGAACCACAGACCAGACGWUGGGUGGCAUCGCUAAGAAAACGAUCCACUGAUUCUCAUGUUUCAACUACCGCUGAUUCAAGAAAAAAAAGACGAAAAAAUAGCAAGAAAAGAAAAUCCGUUACUCAGCACGCCAAAGAAUCCCGUCGAGUUACCAGCACGGUUACUGCAAGCCAACAAACACCACCAUCAAGUACAACAGAUGAGAGCUCCAGACCGUCAGAAGACAUGAAUAUCCAUGUAGUGGAGCUAGAAUCUGAUAUGGAUACAGCAUCUGAAUCAGGGCAAAGACCUACUACUACUAUAGACUUAACUGAUGAUAAUGACUUCAGURGUCAACCUGAUCAAGUUCGAAUAUUUGUGAAGAAGACUUGUUCUUGUGGUCCUUACAUAGACAGCAUAAAGUUGGGUUCGAUACCUGAUGUCAUUGGACCUGCUGCUCCGAAUACGAUACUCAGAAAAGUGGUUGAAUACCUUGUUCGUUCCUCUAAUUCUGCCGUAAAAGUCCUUCAGUUGCUUUCCACUGAAAAGGAGAAAAAGACAUUCAUUUCUAUAUUAAAGACGAUAGUCUCCAAGUUAUCCUUAUGUGAAAAUCUUUUGAGUUUACAUUUAGUUCAAGAGUGCGCUUCUUGUGACAAAGGUAAUAGUCAAAAAAUCGACUCAUCAUCAAAACAAUCGAAUUCUUCAGCCAUGACUAAUCCAAACAGUCCAACUACUACCCUACCAAACAGUACCACAAAGCAAGUCACACUCAAGUCACAAAACUCAAAACAACAACCUAUGAAGGAAAUACCAUCAGCUAUCGAUGCCACAACACCAAACAGUACCACCAAACAAGUCACACCCAAGUCACGAAACUCAAAACAACAACAACCUAUAAAGAAAACACCACCACCUAUCGAUGUCACAACACCAAACAAUACCACCAAACAAGACACAUCCAAGUCACAAAACUCAAAACAACAACAACCUAUAAAGAAAACACCA